UUUAAAGAUGGCCUUGUAUUGCGCUCUUUUCUAACUACCAUCUGCUUUGUUGUACGAACUUUCUACAUAUACUCUGUACUGAUUGUGAUUUGGUAAACGCGUUCGACUUGACACUAGUCACUCAUCAUCUCAGCUCACUGCCGUGGCGUUGAAGUCUUGGGGAAAAGCAGGUUGGAAGGUCUGGUUCUUGCACAGUCACUCAUUUGGUUCAACCUGCAUUAAUGAGGUGUUUCUGGUGUACUGCUACCUAACAACUGCCCAAUAAACCAACCACGCCUCUCUAUUGUGCACUGCCCAUACUUCACAGUUAAUAGGGCUGUUUUCUUUGCGGCCAUUCGUUCUCCUGACUAAUUUCGAGUCGAAUUUCGUGAAAACUCGGCAGAUCGACUUCGUUUCGAAAAUAAACACAAAUUGACGAUCGCGAAAAUUCGCAUUUCCCGCGCAAAAAUAUGCAAUUCUGUUGACCGAGGAGACUUUUGCCAAAUCUAAACCCAUUAGCCGCUUCCGCCACCGAUCCCCUGGCACUUCUGGUCAGGGAGCGUGCUCCUUUCGAGAAUGGUGAAAGUGGAUAUAAAGAGGGAUUAUUAUGCGGAGCUGGGGAUUGACAGCCGUGCGGAGCCAGAGGAAAUUAGAAAACAAUACCGAAAGCUAGCUUUCAAAUAUCAUCCCGAUCGAAAUCCAGGAAGAGAGGUCGAAUUCAAUUCCAAAUUUCAAGGGCUUCAGACUGCAUAUGAAGUUCUUAAUGAUUCCCAACUACGAUUAAAAUACGAUGCCGAUAGGCUUCGAGCUGGUUACGGCAAGCAUUACGGUUCUUCGCGCGCAACUCCCACCUCAAGAUCCCACAAUACCGGAUCUCCAUUUUCUCAUAAACCUCCCCCAAGACCCCCUACGGCCCCUCCGAAUAAGGCCAGUUAUCCGUCUGCAUCGUCAUUUCCCCAUCCGCCGCACCAGUGGAACAGCUAUGCUAAGGCUGGUGUUCCAAAAUGGGAUAAGGUAUAUGAAGAUGUACGAACGCGAGCUGAAGCAUACCGUGCGUUUCAAAACAUGAAACCUAGCAAUCAUCCAGCUGGUGGAUGGACGAAUUUCGACCCUCGAACAGGCCGUUCAUCGCAUGAGACAGGGCGGACCGACAAGCCACCGACUGCGAAACAACAACAAUCACAAAGGCCACAUUCCGCAUAUGAAGCUUAUUUCACAACUCAAAAACAGGCCGGCGCUGGACCCCAAAGAUCCCAAACAACUAAGAAAAGAAAUAGCUUUGCACCUGGCACGCCUGGUGGUGACGAACCUAUGGCAAAAAAUACGUCUGCCUAUGCGACCAUCUCAAAGGGUGAAAGGGCGCAAGCAUCGAACCCCUUUUUUGAACCAGCACCAUCCCCUACUGCUAAAAAGAAACCCGCGGGAGCUGGGGACUCCGGUACAUCUAUGCCUAACCUAGAAAGAACCAGCAGUCGGUACGCUACGUCAGGCGGCGAGAAAACUUAUGUGUCGAGUGCAGGUUUUGCAUUUACGCGGAGUGCCCGCUCAACUCCUUUCGAGGACUCUGGAUCCCAACCACGAACAAAUCCACCAAGCCCAACCCCUCUGCAGGCUCGUGGAAGACGUCAUAGUGCGAGCCCUAAGCUGAGUCCCAAACGCAAUCAACCAUUCUCUUCCCCCACUUCGAGUGAUUCAGACGAAAUUCUUCCUAGCUUUCGCCCAAAAGCCAUGCCGCGCAGCAGAGUUCGUAGUACCAGGGCAAAGGUUAACAGACCUACGCAUUAUGGCAACGAGAACAUGUCUGGUGAUACGUCGGCGUGGGCGAUGCAUCCCGACUCGUGGCUGUUUGGCGAAACGAUCAAUGGCCGUCAGAAAGAGUUCACCAAAGCCAACCGUUCCAAAUUCGAUGACUGGGAGAGUCCUAAUGUUGGCGAGGGAGUGGAAUCAGACAAGGGAAGCCACAGAAAAACCGCUGGCCGCACCCCUUUAUCUUCAAAUUUUUCAAAAUCGUCAAUUCCGCUCUCGACUAAUGUCAAUGUGGAUGGUAGCCUCCAAAGCGAGAAAAUGACUCCCACAAACGGUGAACCUCGCUGCUCUUCAACACCUAAUAUUUUCAAUGCGACAAACACCACUCCAAAAGGGGACGGAACCCACAAAACUCCCCCUAAAAGCAAAAGCCAUGAUUACAUUAGUCCCACCUUUUCAGCGAAAGAAUGGAGUGGCACAUUUGGGAAUGACGCUGACCUUUUCGCCCCAGGGCCGUCUGGCAGUGUUCCAUUUGCCACAAAGCCAGUACCAACACGAGGUAGAACUCUGAAUAAAUCUGACACAUCUUCUCAUUUUCAACCGUCGGGUUCUUCACAGAACGCAGCCAAUCCCAGUGCGGAUCGUGCUUCUUCCCAGCCACUUCCGCCGUUUGCAGAAGCGAAAUUUUCAGCUGAUCGUUGGGCAGAACUCCUCAGAGAUAACACGUGGACAACUCCGCGUGGCGAUGCAUUUCCGCAGCCAUCAAUGGAUCCUCGUCGUCAAAAAAGCCCUCGAAAGCAGAGUAAGCCAGCGCCAAAGCGUUCUACUGCUCCACGCCCAGCCACAGUGACUACAGAGGCCGAAGAGGCAGAGAAUACAUUCGCUCCCACUACGAACGAAAGCUCGAAUGCUGCCCCUUCUGGAAGCGCUGAAGCCAUGGAUAUCGACGAGCCGAUACCUUCUGGAGGUGCCCAAAAUGCGCAAGCUACGCCUUCAAAGGAAUCCGCAAAUUCCUCGAAGACCAAAAUCCCUAAUACUUUCGACACAGCGCCCGACCUGCUCAAUUUAACUGAUAUGGGCCUUGUCAAUCCUUUCUCUGCUACUAAUAAUGGUGGUAUCAAUGACUUGAGGAAUUUGAAUAACGCCCUUCCAUUCGACUCUCAGCCAGAUUUGAAUCGGUCGCGUAUCAAACCAAGGGAUCUUGCUCUUCCAAAACCGCCAAAACCACCCACUCUUCCGAAUUUCACUGCUAAUCCGGGCCUUUCAGCCAUGAAGCCAGAACAAGUUCUCGCUCGAGGCAUGUGGGACCGGUACAUGACCGACAUGGCGGCUUACAUGAACGAAUGGAACAAGUUUAACAGAACCAUGCUUUCCCAUUUCAAUGCACGACAGAAUUUUGUCGACACUCUGCUAUCACCGAACUGGAUGAGCGCAAGAGGGGAUGGUACCCGUUUAAAUUUAGGUGGAUAUCAGGCUUCAGCCAAUGGGGACGCCGCCAAUGACGAUGAUGAAAGCGACGAUGCGAAGGCUAUAGGUAACCCUGGGAAGUAUGGGUUCGGUGCCUAUGUACGUGGAAUGGAAGAGGACUUUGUGGUACGCCAGCACUGGGAAGUCGCGUGGGAGCGGCAUCGUCAGUGUAUUUUGGACCUCGGACGCCUACGUACCUGGAUUCAAGAAUGCCGAAAGGCGCAACCGGUUCCCUGUGCUGAGUCACUGAUUUGAGGCCCGUUUUGUUGUUGCAUAGGGUGGCAAGUUACUAUCAAGGCGUAAGAGACGUGGAUACAUCAUUGGCUAGGCGCAUUUGGUAAGGAGUUGUUGUUAUCUUUCCAACCGGAUUGGCAGUUGGCUUUUUUUGUCCUGUUCUUUUUUAAACCGUCGUGUGUACCACUAUGAUCUGCGGCAGUUUUAUGUUUGUUUGAUGGGAAACAAGGCUGCCAGCCAUUCCGUUCAGUAUUGAGACAACAAUCAAGGAUUGCAUAAUACAAUGCCAGUGC